CUCAUCUAUUUCGGACUCCCACAUUCUGCUCUCUUUUUAAAAGUCCAAGACACUCAACCCAAUGCCUCAUUCAUCCAGGCUCCCACCGUUCGACGUUCCAAACACCGACCUGCCAUCGUUUUUGUUUGACCAUGUUCGCCGCAACACUGCCUACGGCAAAAAUCCUGACCUGCCUGUCCUCAUUGACGACAGUGCCACCCUGACCUUUGCUCAAUUCGAAAAGCUCACGCACCAGUUCGCCUCCGGUCUAGUCAACACGGCAGGGUUCCAGCCAGGAGACACGCUGGGCGUCGUGCUGCCCAACACGGCUUUCUAUCCGGCAAUUGUCCUUGGCGUACAGAUGGCUGGUGGGACUGCAUCAACUUCGAAUCCCGAGUACACGGCACGCGAGCUGGCGCACAACUUUAAGCUUACUGACACCAAGUUUGUGGUUACUAUCAAGAACCACGUUCCAGUUGUUCGUGAAGCGCUGAGAUUCGCCAAAAUGGCUGUCCCAGAUUCCCAGAUCUUCACCAUCGACGGAGACGGCAACACCAUACACAAGCUUCUAAGCCCUUUGCCGUUCAACAGAAUGGUGCUUACUACCCUCGAGCAGGUCAAGACCGGCACCACGGGUUUGCAGAAGGGGGUUGUGCUUACCCACCGCAACAUUGUCGCCAACAUUUUGCAAAACAUUGUGUUUGACACACAUGACGAGACAAUUAGUGCCGUCGACGCCAAAAGCUCCCACCAGACAUGGAUGGCUGUGCUUCCGUUCUUCCACAGCUACGGACUGACAAUGAUAAUGAUGCUUGGAAUUGCCAAGGGAGCCAAGCUGGUUAUUAUGCGCGGCUUUGAAGUCGACAAGUUUUGCAAGCUAGUGCAGGAGCACAAACCAAGCGUUGCCCAUCUUGUCCCGCCGAUUCUGCUUCGCCUAGCCAAGGACCCAGUAGCCCGCAAAUACGACCUGACCAGCUUUGUGUACAUGAAUUCGGCGGCAGCGCCGCUCUCCAAGGAGCUCCAAGCCGAAGUACAGGAGCGGACAGGAGCAACAGUGCUGAAUUCCUACGGCGUCAGCGAGACUAGCCCCAUGUCGCAUCGGUCGCGGGUUUCCACCAACCUUGUUGGGGUUAAGAUCGUUGAUGAGAACGGCGAUGAGCUCGCUGUUGGCAAGGCUGGUGAAGUUUGUAUGAAAGGGCCAAAUAACCCCAAGGCUACAGCCGAAGCCAUCGAUAAGGACGGAUUCCUGCACACCGGCGACAUUGGCCAUGUUGAUGAGAACGGGAAUUAUUAUAUAACCGAUCGCAAGAAGGAGCUCAUCAAGUACAAAGGGUUCCAGGUUGCGCCGGCAGAGCUCGAGGCGGUGCAGGAUGCGACAGUCAUCGGCAUUUACGACGAGGAGCGUGCUAGCGAAGUGCCCAAGGCAACCCCCACCGUUGCCAAUGAGGUGCGCGAAUGGUUUGAUAAGAAGGUGGUUCAGUACAAGCGACUCCGUGGUGGUACGGCGACCGGAAAGAUUCUUCGCCGUCGCAAGCAGCUAAUGGCCAAGCUCUAAUAGGAUGUUUACGACGGUUGUGACUAGCAGUGGAGAAACAUUUUAUCCAUGGCCUGAAACGCAUGCUGACCUAUAUGCAAACUAGAAAACAGAAGGGAUGGCCGCACAGAAUGGCUUUGUCUCGCUGCGGGUAUUUCGGGAAUGGGCUGUGCACCUCUCAAAAAGGAUAGGAGCAGCUCCUAAAGCUCGGGCAGACAAGCCUAAAGCUAGCCCCGAACACCGACAAGUCCCUACCGUCUUGGAUCUCCCCGCCUCCAUGCACUCCUGCGCCAAAAUUAAUAUAAAACACACACAGCCCCCCGUCAUACUGUUUGCUGGUAGAGUUUUGGAAUACACUGUCCUCCACCACACCCCGGUAAUUGCCAUGGUUUUCACAUCUCCAUUUUCAGAUAUUGCUAUCCCUAAUGCCG